GACCGUACCAUCAAAUUACUGCAUGUUGCAUCACCCAAAGAGGAUCCUUUAGUGAUCCAGGGACAUGCAGGUAGUGUAAGAGCAGUUCUGGUUUGUGAAGAGAGAGACUUGGUUAUCAGCGCCAGCUAUGACCUCAGUAUCAGUGUGGAACCUAAUGACGGGGAAGUGUGUUGAGAAUCUGAAGUUUAAACACCUUAAACCAAUCAUGUGUGUGAAGAUUAAUGAAACUCUGGUGGUCAGUAGCUGUGCUGGAGGUCAGAUCAGGAUAUGGAACAUGGAGACGGCAUCACUUACAAGGCAAAUCAGUGGUCACCAGGGUGCAGUGCUGUGUCUGUGCUUCGAUCAGUGGCAUAUCCUCUCUGGGGGUUCAGAUGGGGAGGUCAAAGUAUGGAGCACCAACUCUAGCUUCAAAAAAUGCCUGAGGUCCUUCCAGCAUCCAAAAGAGGUGUUGACCAUGUCUUUCCUGUUCCUGCGGAUCAUUACCGGGUGCAUGGACGGAAAGAUCCGGAUCUUCAACUUCUUAAAUGGAGACUGCCUGAGAGUUAUAAGGACAAACAUGAAGCAAUGCCCUGUCCUUUCUUUACACACACACCACAACAAUGUGGUUGUAAACACCAAAGGCAGUAUUCUGAUGCUCCAGUUCGCUGAGGUUCACUGGGACUACUCUGCCAGUCCUUUUUUUGAGCGGUCCCAGAUCUCCCUUCAGAAUGUGCCUCAGAGCGCUGAACAGAUGACUCAAGGGGGUUCACCCAGCUCAAAAAGUCGUUUCCACCGUUUCAAGAGCCUCUCAACUCCCAGUAUGCGGCAUGCACGAGAUGCUCAGCAGGAGUCCACAAGGGCGGCGACGUGGAGUCAGCUGCGGGCUUAUCGUCACAGCAGGGCCUCCAUCAACCUGCAGUCUGAGUACCUCACCAGGCAACGAUCUGUUCUGUCAGCAGGCAGGCCUGUCAGUGGAUACAAGGACUUUCAAAACCGAGUCAGCCACACACCAAGCACUGCCACCAUCAACUUUGAUAAGAAGACUUACGACACCAAACGCUCAGUACUCAGGCAGAGUGAGAAGGCAGCCCGAGACAGAGUGAGAAAACGAGGUCCUCACCACCCCAUGACCCCUGACCUAAUUCUACUAAGGGCCGGCAGCUGCCAGCAGAGUUGUUACAGUGAUCUGGCCAGGUCCAACAUGGAGCUGAAUGCCAGAGUACGAGAUGCCUGGGGACCUGAUUCAUCCAAAGAGCCAUCAUUUCAAACCACCACCAAAAAAAUAUCUGAAAUCCAUGCCCCAUUCACUACCCACAGCGAUGACCUCAACCGUCAGAGCUCCUUACAGUUAAGGCAGACCUGCUUGACACCUCACUCUCCUCCUAAACAAUCCCAAAGAUCCUUGAAAGUAAUUCGGUCUGGCACAAACAAGAUUGGCUCACUGAAUACGACUUCCCCGAAAGAUGGCAAGGCUCCACAGUGUAUGAGGCGAACUUCCAUGCCCACACAUUGCCAUGAAGAUUUUGAAAUGACCAACAUGUCCAGUUCAUAUCACGUCCCGCUAGACCCCUUCAGGGACCGUGGAGCCUUUCAGCUGAGGACGGACACACAACUGGAAGCUUUCAUUCAGGAGUGUACCAGACAGCAGCAGAGUCACAAACACGGCAGGGGUGACCAAAGUAAAACUGUUUGGAAGCGCAGCCAUUGUCAUCAGUAAAGGAAACUAAGUGUGUGCACCUGACCUAUGAAAAGGUACUGAAAUCUAAAGGCAUGACACACUUUUGUUAUAGCUAACCAGACGCAACUGAAUUCUCAGUUUGAUAUUUUUAACUCUAUAGAGGUAACAUAAUAGAAUAAUACAAUAUUUUAAACGUUAUUUUGAAUUUGAUAAGUUGGCUUGUAGUAUAUGUACUUAUACUUGUAGUAUAUUUUUAUGCUAUACUCUUUGACCUCACAUAUAAUUUGAUGGAUAGAUGUUGCAUUAUAUCUAUGCAGUUUGAGAUUAUUAGUCCAUGUCUUCCUUUCAAAACUUGAACAAGUUUUGUUGCUAGGGGGCAGCAAAGUACAAGCUAAACUGUCCCACAGAAAUCAUAAAUCAUAAGUGAUCCUCUCAGGGUGGAACGUUAUGAACAUUAUUUGAAAUAGUUAUUAAUCUUUACAUUUUUAAAAGAUCUUUAUACAUUACAUUAUAAUCUUUAUACAGUAUUUUAUAGUGCCUGAUUUCAGGCAUUUCAUCACCAGUUCUGCAUGCAUAUACAAACACUCUGACUUUUACCUUAUUAAUGAGAGAUGCUGACAAGAAGUGUAAACAUAUUUUGCUGAAGUUGGAGAGACAUAAAAUAAAUUAUAUUUGCCACCCACUGAGUAAAGAGAUCUUUGAAAAAAAAAACUGUUUAUAUAUCUGCCAGAACUCUGUUGUUUUAUGUCUCUUUGUCUUUAGAUGAUUCUUAUUGGGGGGCUGUUCUAAUUUAAAGACUGAAACAUAAAAAUAAUUGUGAGAUUUGUUAUUGUUGAAAGUAGAGUUGAUGUGGCAGGCAAUGUAAAGCUGCCUUCUUCAAACAAAUGAUGUUCAUCCAAUGAACAUCAUCUGUUGAGGUUCUCUAACACUAAAAAUAAGUACGUAGCAUUUUAGUGCUGAGUUUUAUGUGAGUUGCAUC